AUGGCGGAGAACAUCUACGACGAGAUCGAAAUCGAAGACAUGACCUACGACAGCACCCUGCAAAUAUACCACUACCCCUGUCCGUGCGGCGACCGUUUCGAGAUCGCUAUUGCAGACCUGCGAGACGGCGAGGAUAUUGCGGUAUGCCCGAGUUGUAGUUUGAUGAUCCGCGUCGUGUUUGAGGUUGAUAGUCUCCCAAAGGUGGACGAGGCGGAGGGGGUGCAGAUCCCGGUUGCGGCGUGA